AUGGCAGAUCUUCAGGCCGAACUGAGUACCUUGGGAUCGAACCGCAAACGAGAAGAGCUGGCUGCUGAUGACGGCCUGUCAAAGCGCGCGCGGAUCGACGCUGACCCUGCGUCGGAUGCACACACCGCAAGCACCAUCGAGGGCGGCGCUGAGCCAGAGGCUGGCGCGCCGCCAAAAAUUGACGCUGCUGCGCCGACUGCUGUGCCACCUGCCAGCGGCAACGGUGCCGAGGCGCCUGCUGCCGCGGCGCCAGAGGCUGCCGCGCCACUGCCUGCGCCGCAUGUGGCAGCGCCCAACGCCCAGUCGCAGCAAACGGCCCAGGUUUGCAAAGACUUCCAGAAUGGGCUGUGCAACCGCGGAGCUUCCUGCAAGUUCAGUCACGAGCAGGGGCACGCCGAACGAGACUCAGCAGCCGGCAUGUGCUCGCGUGGCGCCUCGUGCCGCUUCCGGCACGAGGCGGAAGGUGGUGCAGCAGGCGGCGCGCAGCAGUGCGGGCCCGGCAUGCAGGGAGGGGCGCCGCCUUCGUCGGACCAACCUCGCUGCCUCGACUUUCUCUCUGGCCGCUGCACCCGGGGCGACUCAUGCCGCUUCAGCCACGCGGCGCAGUGA